AUGGCUAGGGCCUGUAGUGGCAGCUGUAGUGGGCGUGAUGAGAGACUUAGCGGCUGGCUUCGACCCUUCUGGCUCUUACUCGAGUUCCGAACCAGACAGCGAAAGCUACGAGUUGCAGGAACCAAUGAGCAAUUCAUCAUCAAGUCCAAGAAGACCAUUGCGAAUAUCGGAGCAGUUGUUGACGACGAGAAGGAAGGUGUCGCCAGUGGAAAUGAUAGACCUUCUCAGCGGUGA